AUGACAUGGAACCAGACUGGGGCGGGAAGUAGCGCCUCAAUCCUCGGCCACGCCGACCUUGGUCUUCUUUCGCAGGGCCAGAUGAGAGCCAAUGCUGAAAUGAUCUCUGCCUUGGCCGCUCUUCCCGAGUACUCAAAUGCGCCUCUGCCAGUCAUUGCCGAUGCGGAUACUGGAUACGGCGGACCAAUCAUGGUGGCACGCACUGUUCAACAGUAUGCCCAGUCUGGCGUCGCUGGCCUGCAUAUCGAAGACCAAGUCCAGACCAAGCGCUGCGGUCAUUUAUCCGGCAAGGAAGUUGUCGACCGCGAUGUUUUCCGCAGUCGUAUACAGGCGGCCGUCAAUGCGCGGAAACAAAUCGGCAGCGAUAUCGUGAUCAUCGCUCGCACGGAUGCAUUCCAGACCGAUGGGUAUGAGGAGGCUAUUGGGCGAUUGCAAGAUGCAUACAGCGUCGGCGCGGACGUUGCCUUCUUUGAGGGUUUGACCUCCAAGGAACAGGCUCGGCGAAUCACCAAAGACCUGGCACCGAUGCCAGUCCUACUUAAUAUGGUGGAAGCAGGCGCGACUCCGUCUUUCAGCGCGUCUGAGGCCAAGGAAGCCGGAUUCAAAUUGAUGAUUGUGCCUUUCGUGGCUAUCGCCCCUGCCUACAAGGCUAUCAAGGAGGAGAUGGAGCACCUCAAAAAGACUGGAAGCACCGACUACGCAAAGACGAUGGCUCCUCAAACACUGUUCCGAAUCUGUGGUGUUGACGCUAGUAUGGAGGUGGAUAAGCAGGCUGGUGGAAAGAGCUUCGCGACCGGAAUCGACUGA